AUGUCCCAUGAAGUGACCGACAUGACACUCACAUUUCAAGAUUCUUCUGGAGCAAGCAAUAAUAGGGACAGAAAUAAUCUAAAAACUAGAGGGAAUUCAGCUCCAUGCCCUGCUUGGCGCCAGGCUGCCCUCGGUCUGCUCACCCUUUGCCUGGCGCUGCUGAUUGGGCUGGUGACCUUGGGGAUGAUGUUUCUGAGGACGUCUAGUGAAAUGAACUCAGAUUCAAAGAAACUGAGUCAGCUUCCGAAAGUCGUUCACCCCCAGCAGGAUAAUCUAUCCCAGCAACUGUGCAACUACCAGGUCAUUCCCAGAGAGAUGGAAUUUCUUAAAUCACAGGUAGCCAAUCUACUGAAGAGGCAAGAGAAAAUGGCCAUCAAACUCUGCAAAGAACUGAUCAUUCACGAUUCAGACCACAGAUGCAAUCCUUGUCCUAAGACCUGGCAAUGGCACCAAAACAGUUGCUAUUAUUUAACAAUGAAGGAAGAAAAAACUUGGAGUAACAGUAGAAAUGACUGCAGAGACAGGAACUCCACCUUGGUGAAGAUCGACGACUUGGAAGAAAAGCAUUUUCUUACUUCGCCGCCAAUAAGCCUCUCUUCUUUCUUUUGGCUUGGAUUAUCAUGGCACCCUUCUGAGGGGAACUGGCUGUGGGAAGAUAAUGUGAUUCCUUCUCCUUCCUUGUUUAGCAGUACAGAACUUGCCCAUCUCAAUGGAUCCAAAGGAUGUGCUUAUUUUCAAAGAGGAAAUAUUUAUGUUUCACGCUGCAGUGCUGAAAUUUCUUGGAUUUGUGAGAAGACAGCUGCACUCGUGAAAAUUGAAGAUUUGGAUUAA